GCAGAGGCAUGCACUAUGCAGUACCGCCAAGGGGAGAAACUCGUAAAAAGGUUGGCAAAAGCUGGCACAAAACCGAAGCGCUUGCCGACCCACCCACCGCACCGAUUCCCACCCAAAGCGCCGAGAAGAACCCCACACUCCCCGGCCUCGAACCAGAGGAGAGGGCAGGAGGAGGAGGCGCGGAGUAAAACACGCCGGGAGAAUGCGCGACCUGGCACUCUCCCGCACUCUGCCAGUGUAAGCCUCUCGGCCCCGCGAAAUCCUACCGAUUCUGAUUCGGCCGGUGAAAUCAGUCGGCUGACGAAAGAGCGGAAGGAGACGGCGUUGGGGGGCGAAGCGGUGUGGGUGAGCAGCACUGCAGCAGCAACGGUGCCGGGGAUGAAGGGAGGGGGCGCGAAGGAGACGGUCACCGCCUCCUUCGUCCGCUUCCUCCUACUGCUCCUCCUCCCGCUCACCGCCGUCUACUUCUUCUACACGCUCCACCUCCUCCUCACUUCCGCGUCGUCGGCCGCCUCCUGCCCGCCUGACUCCACCUCCUCCGUAUCGCUCUCCCGGCUGUCCGCCAACCUCACCGCCGAUGGCGCCGCCGCCGAGAAGCUCCCCGCAGUCGCGGCGUCCACGGCGACGACGCUGCAGCACGUCGUGUUCGGCAUCGCAGCGUCGUCGCGGUUCUGGGACAAGCGCAAGGAGUACAUCAAGGUGUGGUGGCGCCCGCGCGGCGACAUGCGCGGCUACGUGUGGCUGGACCGCAAGGUCCGGGAGUCCAACAUGUCCACGGUGCGGACGGGGCUUCCGGCCAUCAGGAUCUCGUCAGAUACCUCCGCUUUCCCCUACACGCACCGCCGCGGCCACCGCUCCGCCAUCCGCAUCUCCCGCAUCGUCUCCGAGACAUUCCGCCUCGGCCUCUCCGAUGUGCGCUGGUUCGUCAUGGGUGACGACGACACCGUCUUCUUCCCCGACAACCUCCUCACCGUGCUCAACAAGUUCGACCACCGCCAGCCCUACUACAUCGGCUCCCUCUCCGAGAGCCACCUGCAGAACAUCUACUUCUCGUACGGGAUGGCCUACGGCGGCGGCGGCUUCGCCAUCAGCCGGCCGCUGGCCGAGGCGCUCGCGCGGAUGCAGGACGGGUGCCUCCGCCGGUACCCGGCUCUGUACGGCAGCGACGACCGGAUCCAGGCGUGCAUGGCAGAGCUGGGCGUGCCGCUCACCAAGCACCCGGGGUUCCACCAGUACGACGUGUACGGCGACCUCCUGGGCCUCCUCGCGUCCCACCCGGUGGCGCCGAUCGUGACGCUGCACCACCUCGACGUCGUGAAGCCCCUGUUCCCGGACACGAGGUGGCGCCCCGCGGCGGUGCGGCGGCUGUUCGAUGGGCCGGUGAAGCUGGACUCGGCGGGGGUGAUGCAGCAGUCCAUCUGCUACGACGGUCCCAACAAGUGGACGGUGUCAGUGGCGUGGGGUUUCACUGUGCUGGUGGCGAGGGGGAUAAUGUCGCCGCGGGAGAUGGAGAUGCCGGCGCGCACGUUCCUCAACUGGUACCGGCGCGCCGACUACACGGCGUACGCGUUCAACACGAGGCCCAUGGCGCGCAGCCCGUGCCAGAAGCCCGCGGUGUACUACCUGUCGUCGUCGCGGCGCGCGGCCGGGCGCGGCGGGGAGACCACGGUGACGCGGUACGAGCGGUGGCGCCACCCCAACGAGACGCGGCCCACGUGCCGGUGGGAUAUCGCCGACCCGGACGCGCAUCUCGAUCACAUCGUCGUGCUCAAGAAGCCUGACCCCAGGUUAUGGGACAGGUCUCCCAGGCGAAACUGCUGCAGAGUGCUGUCUCCUCCCGAGGAGGGGAGGAAGGGAGAGAAGACGAUGACCAUCGAUGUAGGCGUAUGCAGGGAAGGCGAGUUCAGCCAAGUAGCAGGAGUAUAACUUCAUUCGACAGAUGAAAAUAAGAAGGUUAAAAAAAAUUCUUCUUCUUUUCCAGUAUGGAUAUAUAUUCUUAGUAAAUUUUAAAAAUCUAACUGUUUUAACAUAUGUUAUAGAAAAUUAUAAUUUUUUAUAUGUAUUUUAAAAAUUUAUAACUAUUUUGAUAUAUGUUGGAAAAAAACUAUAUGUGUUAAAAUAGGAGGAUUAAUUAUGAGCUUAUCGAUUAUCAGAGGGUGAUAGGUGGAUUUAGUGAGAAAGUUAUAGUUUUUUAAUAUAUAUUAAAAUAGUUUUAGCUUUAAAAAAUAAGCACCGAAAGUAUUAGUUUUUUUAAUAUGUGUUAAAAUAGUUAUAUAUUUUUAAAUUUACUCUAUAUUCGUAGAGGGUAUCGACGAGUCUCGGUUGAGCGUCUGUUUCCAGCGUUGUUUUGCGCUUCGCCCUCACGGGUGUAACAAACACUCCACAAAGCCCCACCACGCAAGAACGCAAAGUUUUGGCCGGGCGUUUCCUCCAUGGCAAGUCAACACGCUGCCCCCACCCAACGGCUACGCCGGUGGUCUAUGCUUGGGGCUUGACGGAGACGGGGCAGGCAGGCUCACUGAGUCACUGUGCCCGUAGCACUGGCGUGGUGGUGGUGGUGGGGAUGGGAGAUGGGCUCUGUCAAAGCGUGACCAUGGCAGCCAUCACUCUGUCAUCACUCAUCACAGGGCAUGGGAUGGACAGAGAGCUCAGUCCCCUGUCCUGGUCUGGGGGCGUGUGUUCGUCUCUGGAAUCAGAUCAGCGCGUCCAUUUCUGCGUCGGCACUAACACGGUUGCUGUCGUGGCGAAACUCCAAGCCGCGGCAGCGUGUUCGGGGGCUUUUUUGCCUUUCUGGGGACUGGAUGACCGCAUUUAUCGGCUCCGUGCUUCGUUUCAUAAUAAUAAUCAGGGCUCGGUUAUGUGCUUAUGGUCAUUGAUUGCUCCGAACCAUCAGUAACAGGGCUCGUUGAUGGCUACCUGAACAGGUGGCAACGUUACGACGCGCUGCGACGAUAUGUUCGGCCCAUGUCGCGCAAUUUGCAGGCAGUUGGUAAUCGUGCAUGUAGAUUUGCGAAAGCUGAAUCCUGCGUGCACAUGGGCAGGAAAAGGGAUGUUUCCGUGCUAACGUCCUAGUGUGAUUUCGUACGUGAAGCCAUUUUUCUUUUUUGCUGAGUAUUUAAUGCUGGCGGACCGUGUAAAAUCUCGGUUUGCCCAAGUGCGGAUCGCAGGCAUCCAAGCUGCAGCCUUGAUACUAGUGAUAUCACGCGCUAUCAUUUUCAAUGAUUAUAGCUAACUAUCUUUUAGCUGAGAAAGCAUAAUUCUUAAAAUUUAUAUGGGUUUUUGAGAGAGAUGCUAAGAUGAUUUAUAAGUACUACUCUUCAAGCUUGUUUGGUUACUACCCUAAGUAACAUUUGAACGAGCCUUGCCUGGCUUGACAUAAAUCGUGUUUGGUUGCUACCCGGAUGUGUAGCUUGAC